AGGAAAGAGAAGCGAGAAGAACAGCACCCAUCUACUCAGUCACUUUCCCCACUCUACCGUAGCACCGCAGUAGGCCAGCAGCCUAUACCAUCCGCCGCCACCGGCCGUCACCAAUCUCCCCCGAUCCUCGACUCGCAAAGCAGACACCCACGCCGCCGCUGCGCCGCAUCAUCACCCCAAGAACCUUUCCCAGGAUCGAUCGGAAGAACCCUUCCAAAGGAUCACAUCGUAAGAACCCUAAUCCUCGUUGCCGCACCCAUGGGGUGCGGGCAAUCCAAGAUCAGCCAGGAGGAGGCGGUGUGCCGGUGUCGGGACCGGAAGCGGCUUAUGGGCGACGCCGUCCAGGCGCGAAACGCCUUCGCCGCCGCCCAUUCCACCUACACCGUCCUCCUCAAGAGCACCGGCGGCGCGCUCUCCGAUUUCGCCCACGGCGAGUCGCCCGACCCUGGCAUGAUGGCUUCCAAUUCCCAUCAGGCCGCCGUUGUGGCGGCUGCCGCUGCCGCCUCCGUCUCCGCGCCGCCGCCCCCGACCACUGCCGCUGUCCUUAUCCCGCCCUCUCCGCCGCCGCCGCCAUUCAUGGACUUCUCCCAAGCCAGCCUCCAGCGCUCCUCCUCGACCCCCAAUAUCCCCAUGCCCGAUCCCAAGAACCGGCCACCGGCUGGCGCCGCUAUCCGGGAGGAGGAGGAGGGCGAGGAGGAUGAUGGCCAUAUCAUGACGGAGAGCGAUGAUGAGGAUGAUGAUGAUGAAGAUGACGACGACGAUGAGGAGGAUGAUGAUGAUGAUCACCACGAGCAUGACGAUUUCAGCAUCGACGAUAUGGUGCAUGGGCAGCUGCAGAAGCGGGGUGUGAUGGACAGUGUGGGAUCUUCUCCAGUGACACCACCGCCGCCGCCACGGGCGAACCCAUCCCCACAGACACCAGCGUCUGCGACACCACCGCCCCCCAUGCCAGAGUCACAAGUUGGUACCUGGGACUACUUUUUCGGCCCAACUCCCACACCACCCCCUACUCUGGAGCAGCAGGCUCAGGAGACUUGGAUGGAUAGACGGGAGAGGGAGUCAGUGCCUGAAGUAAAGGCACCGGUGAUGAAACCACUUGUUAGUGAGCCAGCUGCACCUUCACGUGCUGCUGAGGAGCGGCUGCCGCAGACAGCGCAGGAGAAGGCGAAGGCCAUUGAUGAGCUUGCGGCGAACCUCCCCCCUUCAAAACCUAUUGUUAGGAAACCACCGAAGGCACCUGGCCCACCACCAGAAGUGCACCACCAGCAUGCCGCGUCUAUGGGUGCAGUUGAGACCCGGAAAGGGAAGGUUAUGAUGGUGUCUGCCAGCUUACUGCAGAUUGUUGCUCAGCUUGAUGAUUACUUCCUCAGGUCUUCGGAGAGUGCACAUGAUGUGUCAAAAAAGCUUGAGGCUACACGGAUGCAUUAUCACUCCAACCAUGCUGACAGUCGAGGACAUAUUGAUCAUUCUACAAAAAUCAUGCAUGUUAUCACAUGGAACCGCUCCUUUAAGAACUUACCCGAUCAAGAGGAUUUAGGUGGUCAUUUCGAGGUUGAUGAGAAAGUUGAGACUCAUGCCACAGUUCUCGACAGGAUGCUUGCGUGGGAGAAAAAAUUGUUUGAUGAAGUGAAGGCAGGGGAACAUAUGAAAAUUGAUUAUCAAAAGAAGGUAGAUCUAUUGCAGAAACAAAAGAAACGUGGUGUUAAACUUGAAACCCUUGAGAAGACAAAGGCUGCUGUUAGCCACUUGCACACAAGGUACAUAGUGGAUAUGCAAUCCAUGGAUUCAACAGUUUCAGAAAUAAACCGGCUACGUGAUAAACAGCUAUACCCGAAGUUAGGUGAACUUGUUGAUGGAAUGGCAAACAUGUGGGGUUCUAUGCACCGUUAUCAUAAGAGCCAGCUUUUGAUCAUAUUGGGAAUCAGAGCUUUUGAGGUUCCACCUGUUCCAAGAGAGACAACUGAUGUGCAUCAUAAGCAGACCUGUGAGCUACGUGAUAUUGUCAGGGAGUGGCACAUGCAGUUCGAGAAACUUAUGGACCAUCAGAAGGGGUACAUCAGAGCACUCAAUGCAUGGUUGAAGCUUAAUCUCAUCCCCAUCGAGAGCAACUUGAAGGAAAAGGUCUCCUCUCCUCCAAGGCAGGUGGAACCACCCAUCAAGAAUCUGCUACAUGCCUGGCAUGACCAGCUCGAGAAGCUUCCAAUUGAACUUGCAAAAACUGCCAUCAAAAGCUUUGCUGAGGUCAUAAGCAAUAUUGUAGUGCUUCAGGAAGAGGAAAUCAACCUAAGGAGGAGGUGUGAUGAUACUCGCAGGGACCUCGUCCGAAAGAAGGCACAGUUCCAAGAAUGGCAUCUGAAGUACAUGGAAAGAAAGGCAUCCCUGGGUGAGGAACCUAACCCAGAAACCGCUGAAACUCCUACCGUAGAUCCUGUCAAUGAGAGGAAGAUAGCCAUCGAGGAAGUAGAGAUCAGGCUGAAGGAAGAGGAGGGGCAUCACCAUAGGCUUGCGAGGCAGGUGAGAGAGAAGACGCUCGCAAACCUCCGGAUGCACCUGCCAGAGCUCUUCAGAAACAUGGCGGAUUUUUCAUUCUUCUGCCAUGACAUGUACAGUAGUUUGAGAAAAUAUGCAGUGCUGCCGAGAGAUGAAUGAAUGAUGUCCAAGGCUGAUGCUGUUGCGGUUGCUGUAUCUGAACCCGUUGAAAUUAUUUUUGUUGUAGCUGCUGGCCGGUAUGUUUAAAUUGUGAGGUCUGCUAGAAGAUGUUCCAAGUACAUUGUAAAGUUUAGUCGUUAUUGAUGAUUUAACUGGUUCUGCCUGUACAUUGAAAUUAUCCAUCCUCAGUCCAUUACUUAUUACCUUCA